CCACCAAACAUUUUACCUCCAAAGCCUUAGUUCAAGCUAUGAGCUUUCUUUAAAGUUGUUUUGAUUUAUUCGAUUUGGUGUCUUUUCAUCUCAUUUUCGCUUUCUUGAAGUCAUCAACAAAGGAUAAUUGUUUUUUGCUCGGUAGAAGCUGACAGACAUCCUUAUCGGCACCAAACCACAGAAAGCCUGGACUUAUAACUGAAAUAAUUUGCAGCAGUGGUCAUUUUAAUCAUGGAUGCUGAGGAUAAAGAUGGAAUUAGUCAGAAAGUCCAGGGUGAACUGCAUAAACUCAAGCAAGCUUUUAAGUGUUCAGCAGACUCUCAGAACUGGGUGCAAAGUGAGAUAGUGUGUCGCUGCACUGACGAAGAGUUUCAGCAACUUCUCAAGGGCCUGUCAUAUAUUGAGUUAGAGGCUGCUGCUUUAAUACUUCAGCGACACAUUGACCUAGAAAAACAAGUAUGGAAAUGUUUAGAAAAUCUGAAAUCAGUUCAAAGUGAAUGGGAUGGAAAAACCAUUGACUGCACUCAAAAGAUUAUUGCAAGUCAAAGGAAGGUUGCAAGACUAAGAAGUAGAUUGCUUCGCUGUCUCACUCAGCAACUUCACAAGAAUGGUUCAUUAUCUUGUGAGCUUCCUCCUUGGUCUGGAGAUGUGUUCCAUGCGUUGGGCAGAGAUGAGGAUGAUGAUGAUGAUCAAGUGAGGCAGGAGGAAGGCUUGCAGGACAAUGACUCAAUGUAUUCAAAUGUCCAAGAUGAACAAAAUAUAGCGUCUAAUUCUGCUUACGAAAAUCUUGAAAUACAGUCAGAACAGAGCACUCAACCUGAACACGCAGGUAAAAAUUCAAUCGCAGAAAAGAAUGAUGGAAAAAAUAAUUACUACGAGCCUGUUGCUCUAAAGCCACAGCCUUCAAGACCAGCUCCCUCACGCCCACCACCGUACGCUGUGACAAGGAAAUUGAGCGGUAAAUCUGGAAGCGAAGUUGACCACAAAUCGUUGGAAAAGGAUGAUAAACCUGUGGAGUUGUCCUCACCCAGUGACAACAGUCAGGGAGAUGAUCAAGAUGGCUUGAUUGCGGAGCAACAAUUCCUACAGGACUGGGAUCCUACCCCAGUCCUUCAGGAGUUGUUCGGUAACGUGCGCGCACUACCAACCCCUCAGUUGCGAACUUCAGAGGGCGGUCCUGAUAACAUCCGCAUGGCUGGAUACAUGGAGAAGCAGCCUGUCAGAGGGAACCUGAAACGAGCUUCUGUAUUUAAAGGAUGGAAGAAACGUCACUUCAAAGCUGUUGGAGGCAAACUUUAUUACUACGAGGAUCAUCGAGCAAGAGAACCAUUAGGAUUUGUGAACCUCAUCGGUUGUACAGUGAAGAAGAUGGACGAAAAGUUUCUGGAAGUGACUGAACAAACGCAAGGUGGCCGUUCAGUGAAGCUGAAGUGUUCAUCUGCAAAAGAGGCGGAGGACUGGAAAGAAGCCUUGGAAGCAGAAUCUGCAGCACCCUUGGAAGGCAGUCUUGGUUUGGAGGAAUCGUCAGCCACUGAGGGUCUAACCAUAAUCAUUGACUUAGGAUCAAAUGCUGUUAAGGCUGGCUUUGCUCAGGAAGGUGCAUGGCCUCAAGUGAUAUUUCCCUGUGUUGUAGCUGUGGACAAAGAGAAUUCAGAAAACUGUAAGUAUGGAUACGAUGCGCUCCUACCUGAGACAAGGAAGACGUCAAGGUUACACUUCCCCUUGAGAAAGUCAUUGAAAAUUGACAAGCUCAGGAUUGAGAUACAGGAUUUAAUUGGAAUAUUUGAGCACGUGUUUGAUAAACUCAGAGUUGAGCCAUCUAAACACAAGGUGAUUAUGACAUUACCACAUGGCUGCGGUCCUCAAGAAAAAGAAGAGCUAGUAGAACUGCUGCUGGAUAUCUUUAAAGUUGAAGCAUGUUAUCUCCAGGAACAGGCUGUUUUAUCGAUGUACUCCUACAGCGCUAUUUCAGGAAUCGUUGUGGAUAUCGGUGAUCAUAUCGACAUCAUUCCAGUGGUGGAAGGAUGUAUGAUCGAAGCUGGUGUCACCAGACUUCCUUAUGGCGGCAGACAAAUUACCGACAGUUUUACAAGGUUGUUGACAGAGAAAGGCAUUCGGCUUUUCUCAGAAGUCGAGUCUUACAUUUCGCGAGCAAUCAAAGAAAAGGUAUCCCUUGUGGCAAAACGAGAUGUUCAAGAGGAUACAGAAGCGGACUAUACAAUGGAGGUGGAUCUGGAAAAGUACUCCAUACCAGAUGGCACAAGGAAAAUUACUGUGGACUCGGCUAGAUACCGCUGUACCGAAGGACUGUUUAAACCGUCCGUUUGGGGCAAAGACAAUCCGGGUAUUCACCAGCUGACUGUUAACGCCAUCAUGGCCUGUAGUAUCGACAUACGGAAACAGAUGUGUCGAAAUAUUUACCUGAGUGGUGGAGGGUCCAUGUCUCCAGAAUAAAAUGUAAAACAGGGAGCCUGGUUGUUAUUUGAAUUUACGUUUUCUUGUGACAUUAUUUAAAGGCCCCUCUCUUUGGCAAGCCGUCGUCAAUUUUUUAUGACCACCCAAAUCCAUUUGUGAGGGCGCUUCAGAGUGGAAAGAUCUAUUUGUGAGGGCGCUCCAGACUGGAAGAUCUAUUUAUGUGGGAGCUCCAGCAGAGUGGGAAGAUUUAUUUGUGAGGGUGAUUCAGAGUGAAAAGAUCUAUUCUCUGCCUAGGGGGUUUCCUCUCAUAACUUUCCAAAUGUUGAACACAAUACACUGAUUUUUUACAAA